AUGGAUCAAGAAAAGCUCAAGCGCAUGCAGGCGCAGGUGCGAAUUGGUACCCCGCGCCGCAAAACAAAGAAGGUUCACAAGAGUUCCGGGACCGACGACAAGAAACUCCAGACGACGCUUAAAAAGAUGAAUGUGCAGCCCAUCCAGGCGAUCGAGGAGGUCAACAUGUUCAAAGAAGACGGCAAUGUGAUACAUUUCGCCGCACCCAAGGUCCACGCGUCGGUCCCCUCCAACACAUUCGCCAUUUAUGGGAACGGUGAAGACAAGGAACUUACAGAACUCGUACCGGGCAUCCUGAACCAGCUCGGCCCCGACAGCCUCGCCUCCUUACGUCGCCUGGCCGAGUCGUACCAGAGUCUACAGAAGAAAGAGGGCGAAAAGGGCGAAGGCAAGAAAGAAGGCGAGGACGACGACGACGACGAGAUCCCGGAUCUGGUUGAGGGGGAGAACUUUGAGGGCAAAGUCGAGUAG